AUGAUAUUUACACCGAUUAAUCGACCUCGCGAGUCCAAAAACUUAACUACUACUACCUGGCAAGCCGCCCAAAUACCCAAACAAGACGCCUCCACUAAACUUAGACGUCUUUCAGAGAUGUUUCCCACUAAGCCCAAUCAUCUAAAACGAGCCAAACCCCAAGAAAACAGUCUCCUGAUUCUACUAGCUCCUCUUGUGGAAUUUCAGCAGCACCAAACCGAACUGCUAGCUGAAAUGCAGACAUAUGGAGUUACUGAAAAUAACUUAGUGGCCGUUCAAGUCUCCUCCCAAGAACCUGAGUCUAUUGAAGAGCAACAACAAAUGGCCCGUACCUGGCCAUGCACUUUCCAUCCUAAACCUGUGGUUGAACUGGAUUUGACUACUAAAGCCCAAGUAACUAAAGUACUGGAACAAGAACACGCCCGCAUUAAAGAAGAUCAAGAUAGUUAUAAAACAAAGGAAUGCUCAAUGGUUGCUUGUAUUUUAGAAGAAACAACUGACUACCAGAGGUUUGCCAGUAAGCUAGAAUCUUGUUUUGACCAUGCUAUUCUAGCCAUGAUAAGAAGUAUAUCCGCAACCACUGAGGGAUAUUUAUGUACAGGCCGGACAGUUGUUCUGAUAAAUGAGCCAUGUAUUCUCUGUGCUAUGGCCUUGGUUCAUUCUAGAACUAAACAAGUCUUUGUUUAUGGCCACGCAUCAGCCGACUCUCCCUUUUUCCAGCACAAUCUCAAUACAAUCUCCUCGCUAAACCAUCGUUUUCCUGUUUAUCACGUAGAGGAUAGCGAGUGUAUAGAAAAGAGCCAAGAAGUGCAGCCUUAA